AUGCGCCCGAUCACCGUGCGCUCACCUGUGCCGAUCACCAGACCCGUGGCCGUACCUGGGGGGUUUGGGGGGGCUCGGGGGCGCUGCCUCGAGGGGGGGCUCAGCGCACCCCGGCACGGUGUGACGCAGGCGUGCGGCGCCGGGGGCGUUUGGGCCUUCCUGAGCUGCCCCCCCGAGGACGAGUGCGAGAACGGGCACCACACCUGCGCGGCCAGCCAGGUGUGCCGCGACCUCCCCGACGGCUUCACCUGCACCUGCCGGGCCGGCUACAGCGCCGACAGCCGCACAGGUGAGUGCCGCCCCGUGUGCCGCCAGGGCUGCGCCAACGGCACCUGCCUGGAGCCCGACAGGUGCCGCUGCCACUUCGGCUUCGUGGGCAGCGACUGCGCCGUGCCCUGCGCCUGCAACGGCCACAGCGACUGCGCCGGCCCCGCCGCGAGGGACACCUGCCUCAGGUGCAUGAACAACACCCAGGUGAGCCCGGGGCUGCUCAGGUGGGGUUACCUGGGCUCCAGCGACUGCGCCGGCCCCGCCGCCCGCGACACCUGCCUCAGGUGCAUGAACAACACCCAGGGCCCGCAGUGCCAGCGCUGCCGCCCGCUGUUCGUGGGCUCGGCGCUGGGGGGCGGCACCUGCCUCACCUGUAACACACCUGAGCACACCUGCAAUACACCUGAACACAGCUGGACACAGCUGUAA